AUGAAUGUAGAAGAAGAGGUCGAGCGUCUGAAAGAAGAAAUCCAAAGGCUUGGCAAGGUCCAAGACGAUGGUUCUUACAAGGUCACAUUCGGGGUGCUAUUUAAUGAUGAUAGAUGCGCAAACAUAUUUGAAGCAUUGGUUGGGACGCUAAGAGCGGCAAAGAAGCGGAAAUUUCUCACAUACGAAGGUGAGCUACUGCUGCAAGGAGUCCAUGACAAUGUGGAAAUCAUACUUAAACCAACCCCAGCAGCAGCAGCACCCAAGGCAACUGAUGCAGUUGGGACGAGUUAG